AUGCAACCUCUUCUCCCGCAUUCUCUGGAAACAUUCUCACUUCAUGGAAACCUUCCGCGAACUCUCGCGGGUCCCCUUUUUGGGACAGACGAAGAUGACAGGCGAGGAAACAGUGCACGCGCGGGGUCCGGAGGCACAGGUGCGUCCUCAUCGCCGGCGUUCCAAGGUCUCGGAUUACAUGACGCAGUCCGACGGUUCUUCGGCUGCCCCGCAUCUGAAAACACCGAUCUGUAUGAGUCCGACGCGGUAAAAGACAAUGAAGCGCAAAUGAUGCUAAGGUCACUGGAAGGAGUGAGAGAACCAGCGACAUGGCAGAUGGAGGUGAACCGGGAGGUCCUGCUCCGGAGUGUCAUGAUGAUGCACAAUCUGAAGGUCUUAGAUAUACGUUUGCCCCCGGCGUUAGAUCGUUUUCCCUUCCGUCUCGUUCCGUCUCUCGUGCUGAUGUGCACGAAGCUUCGACAAGUUACCCUGGACUUUCGUCAGCUGACAGAACUCGUGGACUUGAAUUUACUGACAGCCAAUGUCGUAACUCAGCCGUUUGGCGCGGGACAUGUGCCACCAAGUUACAGACGGAGAACGAGCACAGAACAAGUCGAUGCAGGUGGCGCCGCUGGGACCGGGGACGCACCUGCAUGGGGAGGGCUACAAACACUUCUUCCGAGCAUCAAGGAGGUCGUGCUUCGGGAGCCCCUGCACAUAGGAUGGGCUGUCGAGGAUGUCACACGGUUCAUGGGGGUUCUAUUAGCGCUCCCACAGUGUACCAUAAUCGCAUCUGCUCUUGUCCUCUACCAGCAUCCUCUACUGGGUGCCGUUCGUCCGUCUGGAGCUGUGCCCGACAGAGGUCAAACGGAGUCUAGUAGAGGUGGAGACGACCUCGGAAAUAUCGAUCAUGCGUGGCUAGUGAAUGAUGAAGGAGAAGAGACCUCGGCCCAAGGAAACGAACCAGGGGCCGCAGAGUUUGGUGCAUCGACUGUCGGUGAUACUUCACGGCAGAACCCGCGAACGGCAACCGACAGCGCAUCUGCAGUCGGGCAACAGGGAGAGGCAUUAUCAAGAUUGGGAGUGGAGGAGUCCGAUGAUUAUGGAGAGAGCAGUGAUAGAUCGCACCUUGAAGCAGAGUGGGAGGAAGGAGAAACUGGAGACGGUCUGCUAGUUGGUCGAACCCAGUAUGUGCCUCUGCUUCGUCAGGUCAUCUCACAUCUGGCUCCGAAUGUGUGUAGCCUUCGUGUUCGCUACACAUCAGCCACCACGCGUGACCUACCGCUAUCACAGAUUUCCUUCCCUCUUCUGGAGGAACUGGUACUUGACAACUACUGUCCGGACACCCAUCGAGAAAUUGACAAGAUCGUUGUUCCUCGAACGCACACAGUCACUGUGGGCCUCAAUGGGCACCAUCUGAAUCCGAAACGCUUGCAGAAACUAGACCGACUCAACGCAGGAUACAGGAAGCCUGGAGACGGCAUUGCUUCACCCUCUUCGGGCUCUUACCUCCGUCUCUUCCGCGCUCUCGAACCGGUUUCUUACUACUUUAAGGGGCCUGAGGAUGUACUUUUUCUUAUUGCUCUCAACGAAGAGGUAGCAGCGGAAAUUUCCGUCUCUCUUCCGUCAGCGGCUGAUGCCGUCUGGACCGACGGUAUCGCCUCCUCAGCGAGCAAUGGAUUUGUCCCUACCAAGCCGAAAACGAAUUGGCCUGGGCGCCUCUGUCUUUCUGUAACCGUCUCCGGAAGGGAUCUGCAAGAGGGUGCCAAGGACGUUCUCGCUGAAGCAGAGAGAUAUCUAAAGGACUUCGUGGAGGGGGGACACGAAUUCGAGGACGUGGUGGGUGGCAAUAAUUGCAGUGCAUCUACAUGUAUGCAUCCCUGUGGUUUGUCACCUCUAGAAGGGCCAGAGCGGGAUGGAGAGGUCAGUUCCUUGGAGGACGGAGAUUUGUUUUCGGCGUUGGACCUGCAUGAACUCUUUUCUAUCCAGUACGCCCCUCCAGAAACGUCCUACGGCCUCGGUGUACUAUCCUCUCAAGAGGAGAGAGAACAUCAGCCGCUCUCUGCCAACGGUUCCGCGAGAGUGGGUGAUCCCGACCAGUACAGUGGAACUGUCUUUUGGGGCUCAUCGUCCGUUUUUAGGAGCUGUCUGAGUUGGAUUUUGAUGUCUCGAAACUGCCUCAACAUUUUGGGCCUAAUCAUCGUCGAUCUCGACUUGCAUGCGUCGACUUCUGGCGGGCCGAUGACGAACGGCUAUGGAGCUGUGAACGAGCGUGUGCCACCAGUCAUCAUCCUAGGAGCCUUCGAGAGAGCGUGGCAGGGACACACGCACGGGAAGCGGCCACAGCGGCACCUGAAGGGGCCACGAGCCUGA